UCUACAACUAGAACUACAACCUGUUUUUUUUUCCAACAUUUGGCUUCGGAUAACCAUUACAAACAAAGGAAAAGCAGAGACAGAUUUGUCGGUGAAUUUGGUCAGUACCCUUUCUUUUAUUUUGAAAAAAAAAUUGUUUCCCUUCGGAAGAAAACCAACGUGGAGGCUUACCCAGAUGACAAGCUUAGUGGCCAACUACUAGUAGUAGCAACAAAUUGUUGAACCCCUCCAGGCCCCAUCUCUCUCAGAAACCGCACUGGGUUUUUUCUUCUACUCGGAGAUCGAAAUUCUAGUAAUUUGAUGGAGAAUAUUUGCUCGCUCCCUCUAUAAUCCACAGAGAGACCAAGAGGUCUUUUUUAUUUUAUUUUAUUUUUAUUUUUUCUGUUCUGAGAGAUGGAAGGUGGUCGAGGAGGUGGAGGAGGAGAGCGAGAGGAGAAUAGGAGGAAGAGAGGGGUUGAGAUCUGCGAGAGGCCCUACAAGGGGAUAAGGAUGAGGAAGUGGGGCAAGUGGGUGGCUGAGAUUAGAGAACCCAACAAGCGCUCCAGGAUUUGGCUCGGUUCCUACUCCACCCCAGUUGCGGCGGCUCGCGCCUACGACACCGCUGUUUUUUACUUGAGGGGACCCUCGGCUCGGCUCAACUUCCCAGAUGUUUUGGCAGCCGAAGUUGCCGCCGGUGGCGCGCUUGGCGAGGACAUGUCCGCGGCUUUCAUAAGAAAGAAGGCGACCGAGGUCGGCGCGCGAGUCGACGCUCUCGAGACGGCUCUGCAUAAUCCUCACCACCACCAUCAUCAUCAACAUCAGCAUGCAUCGACGGCGACGAGCGAGUUUGAGUCUUGCGGCGGGUUGGUGGAGCGGGUCGACUUGAAUAAGGUGCCCGAACCGGAGAACUCGGAGUCGGAGUGGGAGGAGAGGAAUUAGCGGAAGUCGUUUCGUCUCUUCGCUUUUUUUUUUUUUGAAGUGGCUUUGCAGGGUGGUUGCUAACGUGCGCCAUGGAGGUAUGGGAGUGACGGCUGAAGAAAUGAUGAGGCCCUCUGGUUUAGUGAACUGUAGCUUUUGCUUUAGCUACUAUUUUUUGUUUUUUGUUUUUUUUUUUUUUUUUUUUUAUUUUCGCUCUUGUUUUUAAUCAAAGAAAUUUUGGCCUUGUAAAAAUUGUAAAUGUAUAUUAGCCCCUUUUCAGAAUA